AUGGAUGACCUCAACGGGCUGAGCUGGACCUCCAACUCAAAUGCCCCGGCCAACAAACCCCCUCCGAUGUCCUCAGGGAUAAUGUUUCCUAAUGUACGACAGACCAGCGCUUCCGGCAGGUCAACCCCCCUGUCCGCAGCAUCAAAUCAUUCCAAUUCGUCAUCGAAACCCGCCCCCUCCACCGGAGACAGCUUCGCGAACUUGGUGUCGUUCGGUUCCUCCGCCGCAAACAAGAACCUCUCCCUAUUGGAGCAGCAGAAGCGACUAGAAGCAGAGAAGGCAAAGAAGGAGGCUGAAAAGAGAAGCCAUUUUGAGUCGCAAUAUGGGGGUCAGAACUCGCAGUUUUGGGAUAGCCUCGAGCAAGGACGUACCCAGAGCCCUGCAGGUGUAAGCCUGUCACAACCCGUCGCGUCGCCCGCUGACGAGGACGACUUACUGGCUGCUUUCAAUGCGAAAGCGCCGGUCGAUGCUUCGACGAAUUUCCCUGUGCCCAGCGCCUCUCCAUCACCUCGAAUCGGCACGAACACUCCACAAGGAUCGAAUGGUGGGGGUAUUACGAUGCAGGACAACACGAGUGGUAUGGAUGCCUUCGAUGAGGAUGAUGAUCCAUUUGGUCUGCGCGAAUUGAAAGCCAAGUCAGCCUCUCGUCCUGCGGUGCCAGCGCAAGAUGACGACGAUGAUUUUCUUGGACUAUUAGGAAAGCCAGUGUCGGAAAUACCACGUCAACAGGUGACACGGGAAACAAGAGCAUCCCCCAGCCAUGACCGAGAGGAGAGUGAUGCAUCACCUAUGCCAUCAAACGAGGUGGACCGCGCAAUUGCAGAGUUGGUUGAUAUGGGAUUCCCAGCAGACAAGGCUCGCCAGGCCCUCAAAACAACCCCGUCGGGUACUGAUGUACAAGCUGCAGUUGGUUGGCUUUUGACCACGGCGCACGCCGAGGCUCGACAGAAGUCGCAGGGACAAUCCCCGGCCAACGGUCCUCGCAAUGACCGGUCGGAACGAAGCCAGAGCCGUAAUCGGGACGCACCAUCCUGGAUGAGCGAAGGAAGAUCACAGACGCCCCAGUCACGUAAUGACAGUCGGAGUCCCGCCGCCGGCGAGAGAGACCCGGCCCAAAUGGCACAACAAUUCGGCACUAACUUUUUGAAAACUGCAAACUCUUUGUGGAAAACAGGAAGCAAGAAAUUCCAACAAGCUGUGAAUGAAUUCAACGCCGAUAAUGACCCCAGCCAACCCAAGUGGAUGAGGGAUGCGUCUGUUCCUCGUGAGGAGUCAUUUCCUCAGCCACAACCUACCCGACGAAGUGAUGGAACAGGUCAAACGCAAGGGCAAAACGCCCCAGGGUUUACCGAUGAAGCGCUCCUGCUUGAUUCAGGAGAAUCGCGUCCUCGUAAACCGCCGCGGCCAUCUCAACCCGCCCAAGGAGGUCGUGAUAUCCACGCCCAGCCAUCUCCCCCGGCUGGUCAGCCUAUGCAGCCACCCAAUUUUCUUCAACGACCAUCACGACCCAGUUCCCAAGAACCCAAAUCUCGGCUUUCCCGGUUUGCUGCCGAAGAGCAAUCUGCUCAAAACUAUGUUAGCCCGGCGAGACGCAAGCGGCCCCAGCCACCGGCGCCAGCGGUGCCAGAGCCUGAUGUUGAUCUUUUUAAUUCUCCUGUACCGUCAUCAAAACCAACACCCCAACCUAAAGCUGUACCCCCUGCACGGUCUGCAUCUAUUCCUGUACGACCUAAGGCCCCAACGCGCGCUGUUCCUCCUGUCUCCCCGGAGGCUCUGCAGUCUACUCACCGCCACCGUGAGAAAGCAGCAGAGGCAUACAAGCGGGGCGACUAUGCAGCUGCUCACCAAAGCUUCUCUACCGCUCUUGACAUGCUCCCUGAGAAGCAUCCAAUCACCAUCAUGAUUCGCAGCAACCGUGCAAUGACGGCUCUGAAGACCGGUGAGCCCAAGACCGCGAUCGACGACGCAGACAUUAUCUUGAAUGUGAUCGGUCCAUCGAAGGGCGAAGAAGAAGUGAUUGAACUAGGAAACGGAGAGCCUGCCAAGCCAAUGAAAGAUUUCUUUGGCAAAGCUUUGAUGCGCAAGGCCGAGGCCCUGGAACAGCUUGAACGCUGGGCUGAUGCCGCACAGGCGUGGAAGCUAGCGGUAGAGUCUGGCCACGGUGGAAGCACCAGCAUACAGGGUCGAAAUAGGUGCGAGAAAGCUGCUGGGAUCAGCAAGCCGCCUUCGAAAGCGCCAGCCCCCGCCAAGAAAAGAGUACCACCGGCACCUAAGAAGGCCUCUGCGUUGUCUGACCUAUCUGGUGGUUCGAGCUCUGGGCAGGACUCGGAAGCUGUUAGCCGUCUGCGCGAGGCUAAUCAAGCUGCCGAGCGCGCUGAUCAGGAAAAGUUUGCUCUCACAGAUAGUGUCGAAGCAAGAAUCACUGUCUGGAAGAGUGGGAAGCAGGACAAUCUGCGUGCGCUUCUGGGCAGCUUGGAUUCAGUGCUAUGGUCCGAGGCUGGCUGGAAGAAGGUCGGCUUGUCAGAACUGGUCUUGCCGAACAAGGUGAAGAUCCAAUAUAUGAAGGGCAUUGCCAAGGUGCACCCUGAUAAGAUCUCUACCACCGCCACUACGGAGCAGCGCAUGAUUGCCGGCGCAGUAUUUGGAACCUUGAAUGAAGCUUGGGAUAAGUUCAGGGUGGAGAACAAUCUUUGA